AUGUUUCCACGAUUUGAAGUCGCCGGCUUCGCCAUCACCCUGACGAUUGUGUUCUUGUUUGGCGCGCGAUUCAAGUCGCCUUCUUUUCCGGACUUUGACGCGUCGGGGCUGAGCGGGGGCUUUGGCGACGAUGCACUUUCUCAGAAUGGUGGUAGUAGCCGCUUCGAUGACGUCCAGCCGCCCGACCAGUUCGAGGAUGUCCCGGUCGCAGACCUCUUCUUUGAAGAAGACACGGCUGAGCACGGGGAGAAGAGGAGCAGCAGCAACAUCGUCGACACCAUGAACUCGACCCUAGGCUUUGCCAAGGUCUUUGUCAUCUCCAUGCCGGAGAGAAGCGACAAGAGAGACGCUUUCAGUCUUCAAGCGAGGCUGUCCAAUAUAUCGUUUGAAGUGAGAGACGGGGUCGCAGGUGCGGAUGUUUCCUUGAAGGCCCUUCCACAUAGCUUUGCCCAGGAUGCCGGAGCCACUGGGUGUUGGCGAGCGCACUUGAACGUCAUGCAAGAGAUGCUCCGGGAUAACAUCCAAUCCGCCAUAGUGUUUGAAGACGAUGCGGACUGGGACCUGGCUAUCAAGUAUCAAAUGAUGCAAGCAGCACAGGCGACACGAUUUCUUACCGCGCAGACAGAAGAUGAGAAGCCACUGUCGCCGUACGGUGACAACUGGGACAUCAUUUGGUUCGGGCAUUGCGCAGCCCAGACAGACCCUCAAAGCGACAGGCGAUUCGUCGUGACGGAUGACCCUACUGUUCUGCCACCAUGGGCGCGCUCGGAGUUCGUGCAGCCCGACAUGUCCAUCUGGGAGGAAGACUCUGACGAUUAUUUAAACUUUCAAACCCGGAUUUACUUCCGGUCAAGUUGGAAUUCAUGCACGGCGGGAUACGCCAUCUCUCUCCGGGGCGCCGAGAAGGUCGUCUUCACGGAGAGCAUGGUGCCCUUUAACGAUCCUGUGGAUAACGGCAUGGGGGCCAUGUGUAACCGACAUGCCCUUGAUUUCACCUGCAUCGCCCCAUUUCCUACCGUGGUGGGAAUCUCGAAACCGGCGGGGGCCUCGAAUAGAGGAAGUGACAUACGCGGCCUGGACAAUGUCCAAGUCAUCGAGCAAGGGCGGAGUGAAAGACUCAUGUACUCGACCAGGCAGAAUAUCCCCCGCAUCCUGACCGGGCAGGAAGAUUUCGUCAGCGUCUUCCCGGAGGAUUCUGUGCCGGCGCUGACUGUCAAGGACAUUGGGCGAGGAAUGGGCCAUCCUGAAUGGGUCUGGGCUGGGACCAGAUACUUUGACGAAGAGGAAUAUCUACAGGGGCGCUUCGGCCAACAGGCGCAGAACCAGGAACAACAGGUCCACGUGGACAACAAAGCUCAAGAAGACCAAAAGUCUGAGGCCGAGGACUGGACGAGUCCGAUCGAGCAAGAGGAAGGUGGAACCCAGAAAGAUCUCGAGCCCCAGGAGACGUUCAGCUCGAGAGACCACGAAGUAGAGACUGCUGAAUUCACAGGUGACCCUUCGGAGCAUGACCCGGAUCGAAAAUGGCAUGAAGAGCCUGAGGACAACACCCACCUCUCGAAGUAG